AUGACAGACUUACAGCACCAGGGACACUGGAGACCAGUAGAAGACCACUUUAAAGACUGGGACCUGAAGUCUGGAUCUGCUGUGUGUCAGUAUCUGGACUGUGGAUCAGCUGUUUCAGUCAACACAACAGAUGAUUCUCCACGCAGACCUGUGUGGAGGGUCUCAGUUCUUUGUGUAAAGCUGACAUCUGGACCCAGGGACUGUGUUGGACUACAUGGUUCCUUUAAUCUCCCCUCUGGUGUGGACGUGGUGUGUUCAGAUCUGCUGCCUCAGCCCAACAUCUCCCUGUCUGACGGGGUCUUUGAGGUCUACCGGCAGGGGUUCCGGGUGCUGGUGUUCUCCGACUUCACCGUCACCUGCUCCGUCCGACCGCAGUACCCGGGAGGCUCCUUCCGGCUGAUCUCCGACACCGAGAAGCCCCUGAACCUCACCCUGCCGGCCGUCAAUCACUCCGCUCGCUUCCUGUUGUCUUCCAUGGGCUACGCCCACCGAGGGAACUACACAUGUGUUUAUCACGUGGACGUUUAUAACCGCAGCUUCACGUCGUCUCAGAGCUCCGCCCUCUAUCUGACUGUGGGAGACUUGGUGACAAAUCUGAUCAUCAGGGUGGUGGUCCUGGUCUCGGCUCUGCUCAUAUUUGAUCUUUGCCUCUUCUUCUUCUAUAAGGUCUCCGUGAAGCGGAUCCGAAUGAAGGCGGAGACAAAUGCGAUGAGAGUUGUGGAAGAAACCUCCCAUUUGUAGAGUCCCAGUGGUUCAGUGUGAGUCCAGCUGAUAUUUGGAUCGGAUCAGCAGUUUCACAGCUGAACCAAUAAACGCCUUCAUUCUGUUCGGACGCUUCAACAUCCAUCAGCGUCUCAGCUUCUAUUCAGAGUUUAUACGCAUGUAAAUACGGCUUCAUUCUGAUCAUAUUCUGAGUUGUUUUUGAAAAUAGUUUUUACUCAGAAUAGUCCAAAGAGUUCUUCACUCUGUGUAUGAUGCUUUUAUUCAAACAGUAGAACAACAUUUAGACUGAAAUAUGACUUUUUAUGUGUAAAAAAAAAAACAGACUUUGAUUCCCUGGG